CUUUUUUCUCUGUUGACUGUUUUCAAAUAUUUGCUGUUGGUGUCAAGACCCCUGAGCUGGAAUUACGAAAGCUGAACCAGCUCAAAUCCAAUUUCCCCGACUUGCGAAAUCGUCUAUGCUAAAGCGCUUCAGCACUUUAAGUUGCAAUGUAAAAAGUUGCCAAGCGGCUGAAACGAGCGAACAAGGAAAAUAAAUUGCGUACAGCAAGCAACAACAACAGCAACAAGAAAAACAACAACAAGAGCAAACAACAACUACAACAAGGAAUCAUUAAGCGUGCAACAUGAGCAGCAACCGCAGCCGCAUCAUGUUGAGCUGCCUAGUUAUUAUUACCUUAGGUUUAUUGACGUGCACAUGCCAGGCGCAGUUGCAUAUGAGCGCUUCCAGCGCUGGUGUCAGCUUCGGCGAUGGGCCAGCCCCACAGAGUGCUGACGUGGCCGUACAGGCCGCCAGGCCGCACAAUCGUCGCAUGUAUGCCAUGUGCCCGCCCCAAUUCCAACGCGUCGGCACCGAUUGCUACUCACUGGUCGAUCAGCGCAGCAGCUGGCUCGAGGCGCAUUUCUUUUGCAAGGAUAAAAACGCUAAUCUGGCUGAGCCCGCCAAGAAUGCGGACCGCAAGCUCAGAAUCUAUCUGGAGCGUGUGGAUUCGCAAUCGGGCGAACACGAUCCCAUUUGGAUUGGCGGUACCUACGAUCAUCGUAACAAGCACUGGCAGUGGAGUAUGAGUGGACGCAAUCUGACCUACGAUGCGUUCAACCAAAUGGAUCCGACCUAUAUGCAACUUAUCUCCAACAGCAAGCCAUUGGACAAUAAUUGCGCUGUCUACGACCCGAGUUUGAAAUAUCGUUGGUCGGCUCGCUCCUGUCCGGACAAAUUGCGUUUCAUAUGCCAGCACAAGAUGCCAAAAGUGAGUGAGGCGAAUCGGUAUAAGAUCUACAAUCGCUGGAAUGAAACCUAUCCCAAUCAAUUGGCUAAUGAGGUCGUAUUGGAGGUCAUCGAUCGACGUGGCAAGGACCACAGAUAUCAUCGCCGUGUUAAGGCCGAGGGCAGCAACGAGGAAAUGAUUAUUCCCGCUCGCAAGCGGCGUCCGAGCAAUCGUCGUUAUACCGGACGUAAUCGUCAGCAGCAGCAUCCCAAUGAUAUCAACUAUCAGCAGCGCCCACGCAAGCGCCCACGUGUGAGCACAACUCAGGCACCAGCCCCACUGAUCAUAAGCAACGACGUGGCAUCAACGAUUGCGGCUCGUCCGAGCGCGCCCACCACACAGCAACAGAUGACGGCCUACGAUCGCAAGCUGCAGCGUCAGCGGGAGAAGGAGCGUAACCGGCAGCAGCGUAAGCGCGAGCGCAGGCAGCGCAUGCGCCAGGAGAGGCUUGAGAGACAACGUAAGAUGCGUGAGGAGGAGCGCCAACGCAAGCAGGAGGAGGAGCAUCAACGUCAACAGCAGCGAGAUCGUGAUCAACUGCAGCAACAGGAGCCGCAAAGCGAGCCCGAGGCACUGCGUCAGCGCGCCAUUGAGGAGCAGCAGAAACAAGAGCGCGAGCAGCGAGAGCAACAGGAUAAACUGGAAAAACAGCAGCGCAAAGAGCAACAGGAACGCGAACUGGAGCGGCUAAAGCAACAGCACGAGAACGACGAACGCCAACGUGCCAAGGACGACGAAGCGCUGCGGCUGCGUGAACAGCGACUGCAGAAGCAACGAGAGCAUGAGGCCGAGGAGAAACGCGCUCGCGAAGAACUGCUGCGCAAGCAGAAGGCUGAACAGGAGGAAGCUGAUCGCCGUUAUGCGGCGGAACGUGCAGCUGAGGAGAAGCGUUUGCGCGAAGAGCACGAGAAGCGACUACUGGAGGCCAAGUCGGAGCAGGAGCGUAAGCUGCAGGAGGCACAAGAGGCGAAGCGUCGCGAAGAAAAGGCUAUUGAGGAGCGACUGCAGGAGCAGGAACGCCAGCGCCAGGAGAAGAUACGUCGCGAACAGGAAGAGGAAGAGAAGCGUUUCGAACUGGAGCGUCUGGAGGAGACGCGCCGCUUCGAGCAGCGCGAACUGGAGCGCCUACACGAAGAAAAUGAACGCCGCGAGGCCCGUCAACGUCAACGCGAGGCAGAAAUUGCCCAGCACGAGGCCGAGGAGCGCAAGCUAGCCGCCGAGGAAGAGCGACUGCGUCAGGAACUGCAGGAAGAGGAAAAGGCACGCAAACGCCAGCUGGCAGAGGAAAUUGAGCGCACCGAGCAGGAGCGCAAACAAAAAGAGGAGGCUGAAAAGGCAGCGGAGGCAGCCAAGGCCGAGCAACAGAAGCAGAAGAUCGAGGCAGCCAAGCAGAUUGCCGAUGCCGAAGUCGCUGCCCAGCUAGAGGAGAAGCGUCGCCAAUACGCAGCUCGCAUAGGCGCUCUGAGCAAAGAGGAUCAAUUGAAGUUCAUUGAGAUGCGAAAGAAGCGCAAGCAACUGCGUGAGAAGCAGAUGAAGGCCAGGGAGCAGAAGAAGCUCAAGCGAAUACAGGAGGCUAUAAACGAGAUGCAGUAAGACGUACGCACACACACACACACAGGCACAGGCACACUAACCUACACUAAUGCAACAGAAAAGUAAACAUAUCGUAAACAAAUGUUCUUGGGCGUAAACGUGUUUUGUGUUUUUUUUUCUCACAGUUUUCCUUUUGUUUUAUGCGAACACGUGAAAGUAUUAUUU